AUGGCUUCUCUCAAUCUCUCGUCCAAUGGCCCCUCGAUAUCGAAAAGUUAUCAGACAGUGGUGAAUGCACCACCCCCUUCUGGGGAUAAAGCUUCUCCCACUUAUGGUCAAUGGGCCGUCUAUUCGGUUUCUACCCCGCUCGUCAGUGCCUUCCAGCAAGACGGAGGUAAGGAAAGUGUCCUUAAGGUCCAGAGCACCGGAGACGGUGAAUUGGCCGAUCUCAUCGACGAAUUUUCCGAAGGACGGGUGCAGUUCGCCUAUGUGAAGGUGACAGAUUCCAACACCGGUCUUCCCAAGAAUGUCCUCAUUGGCUGGUGUGGAGAAGGUGUACCGGAACGAACAAAGGGUUACUUUACCAGCCACCUGGCUACAGUUGCCAAGUUCCUUCAUGGAUACCAUGUGCAGAUCACAGCACGAGCGGAUGGGGAUCUAACCCCCGAGGGAAUCGUCCAGCGGGUAGCAGAUUCCUCUGGCGCCAAGUAUUCAGUAGGCGAGACUCCUGCCCCCGCCGCAGCCCCCCGGCCUGCCGUGGCUAGCAAGCCUGCUUUCACACCGACUCGAUCUGGUGGUCUUACCCCCAGCCCGGCUGCCCGCGUACAGCCUACGCCUUCACGGGCUAGCUUGAAUGAUGAUGGAUGGGGUGCAGAUGCCCCUCCCGUGACUCGUACCCAAUUGGAAAAGGUACAAUCGGCUUACCAGCCCACUAGAGUGAACCUACAAGAACUCAAGGCAAACCCCACAGCGAGUCGCCAAUCUGCCGCUACUGCUUCCGAUGCUCCUAGCGACGUGGUGAAAGGUGGUUACCAGCCAGUGGGUAAGGUCGAUAUUGCUGCGAUUCGGAAGCAAGCUGCCUCAUCCGGUCAGCUGAAAGAUGAGCGCCCAGCAAUUAUCAAGGGUUCUUAUGAGCCCGUUGGCAAAGUUGACAUCGCCGCUAUUCGAGCUAGAGCACAAAAGCCAGAAGGCAGUGAUAACAUCCCAUCGAGCGCCGCAGUCAACCAACCCCAAACAACCUUGCCCGAGCGACCCGCGCCCUCCAAUGCCUCGGAGCGCUUGACGAGCCUACCCAAGCCAAGGGUUGCCAACAAGUUUGGCUCUAGCCCCUCCUUCCCAGGAACAAAGCCACCUCUCCCAACUGGUCUUGGGCCUAAGCCAACCUCGAGCGUGCAGAUUGGAGCUGCGAGCCGAACUUUUGCCGAUGAGGGAGGCAAGACACCUGCUCAAAUUUGGGCAGAGCGCAAGGCCAAGGAGCGUGGAAUGGCUCCGUCGUCUGUAAGCACUGAGCCUACCCCUACCGCUACUCCGAUUCAAAGCCAAGCUAGUGGCCAGAGCGAGUGGAAGAGCUCCUAUGCAGGCAAGUCCUGGGCUCCUGUUCAAACUGCACAGGAGAAAUCAUAUGUUCCUGAGCAGCCGGUUGAUGCCAAGGCCAAUGAUCACCAAGAGGAGGAAUCACAACCUCAUGCCAGUCGCCCUGUUCCUGUACCAGGGCUGUCCUCUGCGCCCGUCGAGUCCGAGCCAGAGCAUGAUGCCCAGCAGAUUCUUCCUACUCCUCCACCGCAGCCUCCUCGCUCCCCGACACCUCCCACUCCGGAGCGUGAGAGCUCGCCGAUCCGGAUUGCCAUGCCAGUUGGCCAAAGCGCUGCCGACAGCAUUGCGGAUGUACACGAGGAACAGCAAUCUCCUCCCCCUGCUAUGCCUGUUCGAAGCCUCCAAGAGGUCGUUCCAGAUGAAAAUGAUAUUGAGGAUGACUCUCAUGACAUUGGCCGUGCUGCAGCUGCAGCCACCGCUCCCCAGCAGCCUCAGCAACCUGAGCAGCCCGAGAAGACCCAAGACGGACCCCGAGCUCUAGUUCAGUAUGACUAUGAGAAGGCAGAGGACAAUGAGAUUGAAUUGCGAGAGGGAGAGUAUGUGGAUGACAUUGAAAUGGUGGACCAGGAUUGGUGGGUGGGUUCCAAUACUCGAGGUGAGCGUGGUCUCUUCCCGGCCAACUAUGUGGAGAUUGUGGAAGACAAAGAACUUGCGUCACACGCACCGGCCGGUUCCCACCACCAUGAAGAGCCAGAGCAAGAGCCAGAGCCAGAACCUACCCCUGCCCCCGUCCCGGUUGCACCCACUCCUGCUGCUGCCGCUGCACCCUCGGCAGCUACUCCCAGCUCCAAGCGCGUCACGGCCACAGCUUUGUAUGAUUACGAAGCCGCCGAGGAUAACGAGAUCGGUUUCCCCGAAGGUGCGAAGAUUUCCAAUGUGGAAUUCCCGGAUGAUGACUGGUGGCUUGGUGAGUACAACGGCAAACAAGGUCUAUUCCCUGCCAACUAUGUUCAAUUGGACCAGUGA